UUUUUGAGAAGGUAAGCGACGACCGUGGACAUGUACGAGUCGAGUUCAGUUAUGUUGGUCAGCGUAAUGUUUAUUAUGCUUGGCGGGAAGCCGAGUUGGUGUCAGACAAACAAAAUGUUGUCAGCCCAGGCGGACAGAGUGAUGGCCCUGGGAGAGUGGGAGGAACGGUGGAGGGAAGACCAAACAGGCUGGCACCGGCCCCACGUAAACAAGAUGCUGGAGAGUAAUAUUGAGAAAGUUCUCGACGGACGGAAGGGAGUUAAGUUCUUCUUCCCUCUAUGUGGGAAAGCUCUGGACAUGAAAUGGCUGGCUGAUAUGGGCCAUUCUGUUGUAGGGGUGGAGAUUGCAGAGAAGGCCAUCAAGCAGUUCUUUGAGGAGAGUAACAUGACUUACAGUGAAGAGACCGUUUCUGCAUUACCUGGAGCCAAGGUCUACAAGAGCUCAGAGAGAAAUAUCUCCUUGUACCAAUGUGAUCUAUACAAUUUCUCCAGUGCCAUUGAGGGUCAGUUUGGAGGGAUUUGGGACAGAGGCUCCUUGGUGGCCAUCAACCCACGGGACAGACAGAAGUACGCGGCUCUGAUCACGACGUUAAUGGACAAGGACUGCCGAUACCUCUUGGACACUUUGCUCUACAACCCGGAAGUAUACAAAGGUCCUCCUUUUUUUGUGCCCGACGAGCAAGUGCAAAGUCUAUUUGGGAAGAGCUGUGAUAUAGAGUUGCUGCAGUCACUGGAUGCCCUCACAGACAGAGAGAAGGCUCGGGGCAUGGACUUCUUCACAGAAAAAGUGCAUCUCAUCACUCUAAAGACCAACUGAGGAACCAGUGAUGACUCUUAUUAGGUUACAAAUACAGACAUAUUGAAAAAAAUACUCUCAGUGGCUUGUCUUCAGCUUUUUAGUGAUGUGACUUGAAUUGGGUGAAAUUUUUUUACUUAUGAUGGAAUGAAGAAAUGUCAAUAAAUAUGUUUUUAUAUAAAUAAA